AUGGUGAAUCAAGGGGCCAAGAAGCGAAAGGAAGAGAACAGUUGUCACCUGAAGAACGUCCUUUGCUUUAUCAUCUUUUCCAAUGUUUUUUAUCUUGUGGUGAGGGCGGGGAUCUUCCAUUCUACUUUCAAGUGGAAGCAUUGGGUUGGCUUCUUGUUGACUUUUUUCACCUACGUUAUCCCCUAUCAACAACUUGCCACGAUGGCAAAACCUACAUAUUCUGAAAGUGGGGAGCUUGAAGAUGGUGGGUUUGAUUUGACUACUGAUGGAGUUUGUGGAUAUGUGCAUGAAGUAAUCUACAUUAUUGGCUUUGUGCAGCUCACGACUAUCAUCUCAGAAAAAUUUUGGUACAUUUAUUUAGUGAUACCAAUGUUUGCAGCAUACAAACUCCUUGGUUUUGUGAAAGGAUUUAUGUCACUUGGUUCCAAGGUAUUUUUUCCACCAAAUAUAUAUGAUGAAAAGUUGAGAAAAAAGAGAGAAAAGAUAGAGAGGAAAGCUUCAAGACCCAAAUUUUUACAGACAAGAAAUUGA